UGUCUGGGGCUGCGGGGAGGGACAGCGGGGAGGCGCGAUUCUCCGGGACGGGGGGCAGCGGGGCAAGGAGAAUCGCCCCUGCAGGGCGCGCAGCUGGCACGCUCCAAGUGACCCGCCUGUGCCCGGCUGCUGGCAGAACCAGCUGAUCCCUCCCAGCCCCUCCCAUCAGGCUCAGCCCGGCGCUCGUGCGGGCAGAGAAGCGAGGCCCUGCCUGGAGCUGCGGAGCACGCGUGGGAGCUGCAGGGAGCGGCCCAGCUCAGGCCAUGUCCGACUAUCAGAUCUCGGUGGAGGAGCUGAACGACCUGCUGGCUAACGGCAGCGGCUGCUACAGCCUGCCCAGCGCGCACAGCAACGAGGUGGCACCCCGCAUCCACGUGGGGAACGCGCGAGGCCUUUGGAGGUGGAGGAACAAUUACCCAGAACAACCCCCUGAGUUUGUUCAGUCUGAGAGGAAGGACCUAAGCCAUUUCAAGGUGUUUUCAUUCACCCCUGCAUGUUCUUGGAGGUUCAUAGCCAAGAAUAUCAUGAGGUUGCAGCGCCUGGGCAUAACCCACAUCCUGAAUGCAGCAGAGGGAAAAUCCUUCAUGCAUGUGAACACUAAUGCAGAGUUCUACGAAGGCACAGGCAUCACCUACCAUGGCAUUAAGGCUAAUGACACCCAAGAAUUUAACCUCAGUUGCUAUUUUGAGGAGGCAGCUGACUUUAUUGACAGUGCGCUGUCCCAGAAAGAUGCUCAUUUACCACAAACAGCUGGAGUAAUAGCAUUCAGAAUCCUGUAUCAGUCAGCUGGCCGCAUUCUGUUUGCUCUUGGUGCAGGCCGGGUCUUUGUGCACUGCCGGGAAGGCUACAGUCGCUCCCCAACACUGGUCAUUGCUUAUCUCAUGCUUCGCCAGAACAUGGAUGUCAAGUCUGCAGUGAGCGCCGUCCGGCAGAAGCGGGAGAUUGGGCCCAAUGAUGGCUUCCUGAAGCAGCUCUGCCAACUCAAUGAGAGAUUAGUGAAGGAGGGCAAACUGAAGCCCUAAACCGAGGAGCUGCGUUUUCUCAGAGGGGCUCUCCCGACUGUCCAGGGGUGCACGUGAAGUGCUUUAGAUACCCAAACUUCAACUGCUAGGCUAGGUCAUGCGAUGUGAGGGAGGCAGAGUCCCUUCUUGUCUAGUGAAAGUAUCUUCCACAUGUCUGGGUCUGCCCUUUAAAAUAGCACAAAGCUCCAUCACUCCUAGGAGUUGUUGCACUAAAGAAAGCUCUUUAGAGGGAUAAUUCCAACAACCUAUCAGCUGUCAUCACGUGUUUGUUUCAGAGCCCACUGGAGGGCCCAUGACGUACGUGCUUCGCAUUGACUUUGGAUGUCGUUUAUUUAAGCUUCAUGUUCUUGAAUCCCACCAGUGCAACUCAGCCGCAUGGGUGCCCAAGAGCAGAAACGCACCUCCCUUCACUUGCUUUUAAUUGAAGUACUGGAUUUUUAAAAGUGUAUCUCACAAACUCACAGGUGCCUAAAGUCUGAGUAUAGGAGCUUGCAAAGAUAGAGAAGUAUAUAUGCAAAUACACAGAUGCACUCACCCCUAUUAGUGUGUAUAGCUUUGUGUGUGGUAUGGAUAUAUACAAUACAGUAUACAUACAGGGCUUGAGUGGGGCAGUAAAGCCAUCCAGAGUCUGAUGUUAAUACAAGUACCCGUGUAAAUAGAGUUUGUAUAUCUGUUGUUUGUGUUUAUUAUUAAGUAGAAACAAAAAUGCUGUAUUUUUUUCAUCUUAAAAUUUAGAGGGAAAAGUAAAAUAUAGAGAGCCAGUAUCAAAGGAAAGAAUCGAAUGUGAGGAGCAGAGAAUGGGAGUGCUCAGGUAUGUUGAUACUUGGUGUGGUAUGAAAACCUGAACAGAAGACACACACAAUGUGAACUUGCUGCUCAUGAGGGAUUUUAGUGAAUUUCAGGUUCUUUUUUCUUUAACCUCAUUAUUAUUUAUAUUGACCCUGGAAAGCUUGAACCUGAACUCUUUCUCCUCACUGAAAUAUUUUCCCUUCAAGAAGCACACACUCUAAUUGCAAUAGUA